GCGAUAACACCUUGGUAAAGAUUCCGUUAAACGUUAUCUUAACAGAGGAACAAACCUGCAGGGGAUCCGCCCACGCAAGUGUCAGAAUCGCUCGAAACAAUAACCGAGAGCCCCGAUAACCGCCUUCCCCGCCAAAAACGAUCGUCGGAAAAAAAUUUAGCUAAAGAAAAUUAAACCUGAACGACUUGCUGUUAAAGGAAAUAAAAAAAAAAAUGAAGAAUAGAGAAAUUCAUUAAAUUCUAUCAGACCGAAUGCAACUAAUAAGUAGCAUCUUCGCUAUCACAUAUGUACCUAUUUGCAACUAACAAUUUCUCAACUUUUAACACAUAACUUUGGUAAUUUUAUAUCGAUUCAUCGGAACUACGUACCUACCUUUUUAUUUCACUUUCUCGUUAAUUACUUUUUCUUCUUUUCUCUUUUUUUUUUUCGAUAACCAUUUUCUUUUUUUUUCCCAUUUCGUACGUAUACGAGUUGAAAGAAAGAAGAAAAGAGUGAAAAAAAACUUUUCUCGACGGCUUAAAAUUUACGUAUCUAAAAGUUACUUGAAUAAAGUUUUCGCACACGAUAUACGUGCGAUAUCUGGUAUACGGAUUCAUGUGCAGUGAUCCCAAAAAUUGAACCAACGUGCUUCAUUUUUUGACGUUGUUGAAAGAGAAAAAAAAAAUUUUUUUUCCAAACAUUCAUCGUGAUAAGAAAAAUUGAAUUGAACUUUUUGAAGUUUUUUAUGUUUUUCUGGGGUUUUUUUUUUUUGUUUUGACAAUCUUCGAUACACGUGAAUACCUCGUGAACGAUAAAUAAAUUGCGAAGUGUCGAUCGAGAUUAAAACAAAUGAGAAUAAAAACGAAAAAGUUCAUCGGAAAAUUUACAACGAGAUAAAGUUUAACCACCAACCCCCGUCUGAAUAAUUUCACGCGAUGGCUUUGCGCCGGAGAAAAGAAAGGAAAUAUUAAAAUUUACAACGUGCGUUUCACUCUGACAGUGUCCUGUGUCUAUUUCGUACGAAACGAUUAAAAAGAAGAGAGAAAAAGGGGGAAAAAAAAAUAAUAAAGUUCAGUUUUUUCAAAUGUGAACACGGUGACUCCGGUUUCAGGAUUGGGAAUUAAACCGUACGUGCUGCAAGUUUACAAACAGUGAGAGAAUAUAUAUAAAAAAAAAACAAAGGAAACGAAAAAAACGAAAGUUUUCAUCCCUUGUGCGGAUGUGGGGGUGAUAUCCGCUUUUCGAAGGCUCUUUAACCACUGGAAUUAUAAUAAAACAAAACUAAAAACAAAAAAAAAAGCGGGGGAACGAAAAUCAAAUAGAAAGAGGAAAAGAAAAAAAAAUCGCUCGACCACGAAUAUGUCGGGCUUCGUCAUCGUCACCGUUCUCCUCAUCUUCGAGGCAUUUUAUCUACCCCUUUCGCACACCCUCUCCACUAAGGGUGACAUCAAAGUCGAAGUUCGUGUUCCGAAGGAAGCGGAAGUUGGUAAAAAGGUCAACCUCACAUGCGAAUGGCGGCUGACCGGUACCAGUAAAUUAUACACGGUAAAAUGGUACAAGGACGAUCACGAGUUCUUCCGAUACGUACCGGAAAAUCAUCCGAGGAUACAGACUUUUCCACAGCCCGGAGUAUAUCUGGACAAACAGGCCAACACGGAGAACUCGAUACGUCUGACAAACCUAACACUCGAAUCAUCCGGACAAUAUAAAUGCGAAGUAUCGACGGAAGCGCCAUCGUUCGCCACGACGUUCUUAUCGGCGAAUCUCACCGUUGUUGCUCUUCCGGAAAGACCUCCGGAAAUAACGGGUCUGUCCUCUCAGUAUGCCGUUGGGGAAAAUGUAACGGCUAACUGUACAACAUGGCCGUCACACCCCCGAGCAUCUAUGUCCUGGACUAUCAACGGUGAACCGGUGCCGGCGGAAAAUACAAUAAUCUAUCGUUACCCUUCAUUCUGGUCUUCGGUUGGAUCCAGGGGGAUUUUAGGACUCCGUCUGGAAGCGGACGCUCGUUAUUUCGAAGGUGACGGGGGCACAGCGACUUUACGUUGCAUCGCGACCGUCGGUAGUCGUGAAUACAUUACUGAGAAUCGAGUUAUAAUGGCGCACGUUAAUAAUCAACGUCUCAGCGCUGGCGAUAUGCUGAGAGGCUGUGCUUCCGAAAUUCGAAGUACACUGAAUCCUACGAUCAUUUUAUUUUCGAUACUUUUCCUAUUCAUGUUUUCCCAUAGGGUCGAUAUUCUCUCAACGACGUGACCAUCUUCGAUCGGUCUCUCACGAAAGUAAAACUAAUUAAUUGAGUAUUUUAUUUUUUAUCAAUAUAAUAAUUAUAUAAAUAUAUCGAUAUGGGUAUGUGUAUGUACAUACCUAUACAACAUAUAUAUAUAUAUAUCUAGUAUGCGUGACGUACGGUCGUUUCAAUUACGUAACAUUAAAUCGUCCAAUAUAUUUUGAAACGCCCUCAUUAAUUUAUUAUUACUAACAUUAUAAUAAUAAUAAUUAUUAUUAUUAUUAGUAUCGUGACCGCCAUUUCAACUUUUGGUAUCAUCAUUAUGAAUUCCAUUUUACCACCGAUUCGGUUUAUCUCAUUAUGAAAGACCGUCUGUACGCGGUUUGCCGAUCGACAUGGCGUGCCCAAGCUUUACUAUAAAUAGAUAAUUAAUUAUUUCAUUCAUAUAUUUUCAAUUUCUCCAUUUACCCGGUGAUAAAAAUAUCCGAAAUUGUAGAUCCGUAGGAGCGCCCUGUGUGUACGUUUCAUCAAAGUUUAAUGAGGAAGAAGAGAGGUGAAAAAAAAAAGAAGAAAAAGAUAAAACCUGUUGAAUCAAGUUUUGUACAGUUAUUGAUAUAGUAGUGUGGAUUUGAAAUUUGAUAUUAAUAUCCUUCAUUAUCCGAAUAAACAAUCGAGUGCCGCAUCUGGGCUGUGUAAAUAGAAUUUCACGGUUUUGCAUAUUAAGUGUUCUAAUAACGCACGUAUGCAAUAUGUAUGUAAAAUAUGUACCAAAGACCAUGAUACUUUUUUUACUUUGUAUUAUCUGAUUUUUUAUCCGGAAAGAACGAGGAAAUAAAAAACCGACGAAUAUACAUAGGUAUAUGUACCUAUAUUAGGUAACGGAUACUCCUUUCUCUUUGAAGAAUAAAUGAUUGAUGAUUCCGGCGAUCGAUAAUAUACGUGUAUAUGUAUAUAAAAUAUUCAACAAUAAAUUCACUGAUCUGUAAUCGUCUCGUUAAAUUUUUACAUUUUUGUAUGUAAUUGUAUAACGUAUAUGUAUAUACGUAUACAGCAUUAGAAAGAAAAAAGUAAUGAGUUGCCAAGAAAUAAAAUUUUAAAAAAUAUAGUAAAGCCUUGGCCACGCGUUGCCGUUGCAGGAAACACCAGAUUAUGUAACAAUUGGAACGUGGAUUGAGGUUCUGUGUGGGAAAAAGAAGAACGAAAGAAAAAUUUUCAAUUAUUUUUUAAUUCUCUCAGAAAUUUGAUAUAUUGCACUACAUUAAAUAAUCGAUAUGAUUAUAUAACUAUGAAACGUAUACAGAAAUUUUCGGCGUUAUAUCCAAAAGCAAAGAAAAGAACGAAUGAAAAGAAAACCAAAACCAAAAAACCAAAAUCCUCACAAAUAAGUCGAAUGUAAGUAGAUAUCUCAAUAUUUAAAUAAUUACACGAUAUGUAAUAGAGAUGUGUGUAUGAAUGAAGUGUGUUGUAAGUACGAAUGAAGAAAAGA